AUGCUUUCCAGCAAGCCAAAAAUAACAGCUCUUGGGCUCUCUCUACUCCCAGCCAGCCUGGCUCAACUUUCGGAUCUUUCUGUCUUUCCUCCUGGUGGUCCUGGAACGAUUCUGGUCACCUUGAAUGGACAUGGCGCUUCCACCGGUUGCCUUAAUGACCAAGGUCUAUGGACUGUGAAAGACACCUGUGCUAGCUUUGAAGGUAAUGGUCAAGGUGGACUCGGAUCGGAUCUAGGAUAUAUCAUCCUCGAUUCCAGCUCGAGUAUAGUCACAACGACUGGUACCUGGAGCACUGCAUGGGUCGGAACACAUAUUAAUCAAGGCAGAGAUGCUAUUUUGCUCCAAGCACAAAUCGGAACAACCGGAGCCGCGCCGUGGGGAGGACCUUUAUGGUACGCUAAUGCACAACCCGACGACACAUCCAAUGUCGCGCUCAACGGUCAUUCCAUCACCGAUUCUGUCCAGGUUACAUUGACCUUCAAUUCUACUUUCAUUGCCUCUUAG